AUGCCACCAACCCUGGCUCCGCAUCUCACGAUCUCUUCCACACCAACUCCUCUCACAACCGCGCUGCUCUUCCUACCGACGCCUACCCACCCGGACCCAGCCUCGUCACUCCUCACCAUCCUCACCUCUUUCCCCUCGAUCCGAUUCGUCCAGCUCCCCAUGACCGGGGUGGACCAAUUCACCCCCCUCAUUCGCUCGAUCUCCACCGAACGGAAGAUCGUCUUUUGCUGUGGAAAAAAAUGUUUUGGUCAAGUUGUCGCUGAACACGCGCUGGCUCUCUCGCUCUCCCUUCUUCGCGGUUUACACUGUACACCACCGUCGACCGCUGGUGAAGUGGAAACGCUGUUCGACGCACGAGUGCUGAUCAUCGGAUCCGGAUCUAUUGGUUCAUCCCUUGUGUCUCAGCUGCAACCGUUUCGAUGCCAGAUUACGUGUCUCGAUUCUUCAACCGGCGAAAGUCUUCUCCGAUCUUCUCUGGAAACCGCCCAGUUGAUCUUCCUCGCUUGUCCCCUUACCCCAGCUACAAACCUGUUGCUCAACGCUGAAACUUUGGCUCACAUUCACCCUUUCGCAAGACUCAUCAACGUAGCUAGACCCCAACUCAUCCACACACCCAGCCUCCUGACCUCCCUAUCUCAGGCGAAACUUCACUCUGCAGCCCUCGACCUCCUCACCCCUCCUCCGCAAGAGCUACAAGGUGUGAUGCAAACCUUGGUGCACGAGGGACGCUUGUUGGUGACCCCGCAUUCGGGUGUACCUGAGAAGUUGAUAGGAGGGCUGUUGGAGGGGAGGAUUUGGGGCAAUUUGAAGAAUGUCGUCGAGUGGAUUGAUCAGGGGAAGAAGGAGCAGGAAGUGGAUUGGUUGGGAAGGAUCGAUGAGGAAAAGGGGUAUUGA